AGAUGAAAUUUAUAAUGGAAGUCGAAUCAUCACUGUUUAGUAAACUACCAUGCUUCAAAAGAAAGGAGGAUAUGACGUACAUAGAGUACCCUAACCACAAGAAGUCUUGGGCGGAUAAGCUCAACCGACUUUUGGCGGGUGAAAUGAACACGUUUUAUAACGAAGAUGAUGAAGGUGAUGAUGAAGGUGGCGAUGAUGUUCUGACACUGGAUAAAAUUGAGGAGAUGGUGCAAACGAGGCUGGAGAAUUAUCAUAAGAAAAUGAUGCAAGAGUUGAAAGAUUUUUGUUCGGUGAAGAAAUUGGGGGAGACGGUCAAUUGAACAAUCUUUUGUAUUUAUUUUGAUAACUGUAGUUGAAAUGAUCAAAAUUUGCACAUAUAUACGUAACAAAAAAACCCACAAAAUUAUAUAGUAGAGAGUGAGAUACUGAAAAAUACGCAGCGAGAUAUUUUCCAUGAUAUCUUCACUAGUGAAGAUAUCUUCACUAGUGAAGAUAUCGAUCACGUGACAAUUUGAAAAUUUGCUUUUGAGCAUGAAAUUUCAAAUUUUUUUGCUUGGGACUAUGUAAUAAACAGAACAUUACAUGCACAGUUGCUUUUUAAGAUAUGAUUGUUUUCAACACUCGAAGAUAAAAGUCAUAUCUUCGCGCCGCCGUGUAAUAUCCUCUGUAGGGGCCUAUAUCUACUUCCACGGCACAUUGUAUUUUGAGGACAACUGUUAGCUGUUCGAAGUUUGGACAAUUUGACUGUGCACUAAAAUUGAAACAUAAAUUAGCUACUGAGCUGUCAAAAACCUGUACAACUUACUUUCAAAUGUAGUUUGAAGUUUACAUUUAUAUCACAGUUAAUAUCUCUAUUGUAUUAACUGUGGUUAUAUAUAGCUGUCUAUGUCGGAAAAUGUGCUUAUAUAUAGGUAACAUGGAUAAGACCACUGCAUGGAACCCUUUUUCAAUAAUCCUCUCUUGAAGUCUAAAAAAGCAGCUAUGGUCAUAAGUCCAUUGAUUUUAAUAAGGUAGGUUUUUAUCCAUCGUAUGGCUUAUUUUUUGAGGAAAUAAAAAGUCGUUCGUCUGAUAAUAGGUUCGUGUGUGAAUGUGAUAAACAAGAAGGAUCACAUGCAAUAGACCUCUCCCCUUUUGAGUGAAAUUUUGAUCUGGACAAAGAUUUCAUCACAGCUUGAAAGAGCAUCACAAAAUUAGUAAUAUUCCGAAGUUUCGUUGCGAAAUG